AUGGAUGGAAAAAAAAAAAAAUUCUCUUUUGCCUUACAAUAUAACUUUGAUAUUCUUUUGCUUUACAUCUCAAAGUAUUUGGAUAAUAUGGCUAAACAAUAUGAAAUUACAGGAGAUUUAGGGUAUAAUGGAUUUCCUAUAUCUUUAAAUUAUAUCACCCACUUGCCAGAUAUUUCUACUUUAUACAACUCCGAAGUAGUUGUGAUUUUCAAAUCAUUAAUGAAAAGAGACCCUAAGACCAAGGAGAAAGCAUUGAAUGAUUUGUUAACAAUAACAGAAAUUGACGACCCAACAAUUGUUGCAUGGCUUCAAGUGUAUCCAAAGCUUGCCUUGGAUAAUUCCCGAAGUGUUCGUUUGUUGUCCCAUCAAAUUCAAGGCAAUUUUUUGAAAAUUGUUGGUGGUAAGAAAUAUAGUAAAUAUUUGAAAAGUUCAAUACCUAUAUGGUUAAUGGGGAUAUUUGAUACAGAUAAAUCUGUAUCUUCAAUUGCAUAUAAAACAUUAUUACAAUCAUUCCAAGGAGAUGUUUCCAAAUUGAAUAAAACUUGGAAUAUUUUUGAAGAACAAAUUAUCAAUUUGAUUGGAACUCUUGUCAGUAUAGAAAGCAUGGAAACUUUAUCAGAUAGACGAUACACUAGUGAAUCUGAAAUGGUGUCAAAAUAUGAUCGAGGAUUAGUUUGUGCUAUUAACAUGUUAAGCAAAUUACUGGACGAAAAUAUUGUUCCUAUAUUAGAAGAAGAGUCGUUAUGGGACCAUUUGAGCAAUUCUCUCAAAGAAGAUAAUAUGGAUUUGGUGUUAUUCAAAAACUUGCUAUUACUUAUAACCAAUUUAUCGGAUGACAACUUACAAGUGGUAUAUAAACUAGUUUCUAAGAAGUUUAUCAAAAUCAAAUUCAAAUCCAAUAAAAUUUCUGGAAGUAUUAUUUAUUCCAAUGUGAUUAUACCAUUUUGGCAGGCUAUUGUAAGAUUAACUGAAUUUGGUAUCCGUAAUAAAUUGAAGAAGAAUUUUUGGGAUCUAGCGGGUAGCAAAAGUUCUACUAGGUUUUACGAGUAUUUGAAACUUGGUCCAUGUAAUCUGGAUCCAAGUUAUUACCAAUUAGUUGUCAAAAUAUUUCAAGAUUUGCAAAAGUUAGAUGUUGUUGAUUUUAACAGCCAGGAUGAAUACGAUUAUGUGAUUAAUUUGCUACUGAAGCAGUAUUCAACAACCAUGGGGACAUUCAAAGCAGGUGCAUUGGAUUGUGCAUUAAAGAUACUGAAUUUAUUUACUGUGGAAUCAACUAUGUUGGUUGAUGAACUUAUCUUGCAAGUAUUAAAAAGCUUAGCCAGUAUUAGAUCUCAACCUGAUAAAACUGCCAUUGUUCAAACUUUGAAAAACAACCUUUCUAGUGGUACAGAAAAAGUAUUUAACAAAUUGAAUAAGACUGUUGAAAAGUUCAUUACUGAUGCAAAUGUUAUUGAUAGUUCACCAAAGAGUUUUUUGAGUGUAUAUUUUGAUGUUCUUAAACAGCUUGGGUUGCAGUCACAAUUGGACAAUUUGGUACGAUAUGUUUGUACUGAUUUACUUGAUGAAAGCGAAGAUUUGAAUCUUGAAAUACCAUUUUUUGUGAUUAAGUUGUAUUUGAACAAUAUGAUAGAUCCGAUCCCAGAAGUUACUGACUUUUUGGUUCAACUUCCUGCCUUUGUUGAGGAAGAUUUUAUUACGCCAAUUUUGGAUAUUUUAAAUAUUGCCAUUGCAAAAAAAUUGUUACAAAAUGAAGAUGAAUUAGAUGAUAUAGUGAAUGAUUUUUAUUUGAAAUUAACUAUGGUUAAACCAGAAAAGAUUGAUUAUUUUAUACAAAAUCUUGGAAUAACUAUUGAUGAAAAACGAUUCCCUGAAAUUUAUUCUCAUUUAACAGAUGUAUCAAAGAAAGAAAUGUCCAAAGAUCAAAUUGAAAUGAUUGUAAAAUCUACUAAAGAUAAAGAUGUUUUGUUAAAUGUUAUAAAAUCAUUGGAUAGUGAAGAUGCAUAUUUGAAAUUUAUUGAAUUAGUUGUUCAAUAUAAUCUUUUGUCAAUUAUUAUUGAUUUAGACAUUUCUCAACUUCUUCAUGUUGCUUGGAUUCAUUUAAAUGUCAAAUUUUUAACAACCCUAAAAGAAUUUAAAGAUAUUUAUCUUGUGUCGAUGAUUGAGUUUAUUAAAUUAGGGUCAGGGUCUUUAAGUGAAGAGUUUUAUAAAUUUGUUAAAACGGGUCCUUUACCCAUUGAACAAUUUAAACAAAGAACUUUAGAUUCUAUUUCCAAGAUUGAUAUUUUUUCAGUUGCAAUAUCCAAUCCGUUAGGACUGGCAGUUUACUUGUGCCAAAAAGGAAAAACACCUCUGGAACUCGAUGAAUUUAUACCUUCAAUUGGUAAAUUUUUGAAUAACAUUGAUGGACAAGUAGUGGAUACAUUGUUGUUGCUAAUAAAAGAAUACCUUGCCGACUAUAUUUUACUCAAGGACAAUGUUAAUCAAGAUGUUGUUGAUGUGUUGUCUAAUCUACAACACAAAAUCAGUAAGCAUUUUAAGAAUUUCAAAUUUGGUGAUUUGAUUAAUGAAAAAACCCUUGUAUUAGAAGAAUUAUGGCAACUUGUCGAAAGAAAUGAUGUACAUGCAUUUUAUGCUGCUAGGAUAAUUAAACGAGCCGUUGAAGAUUCAUUGGAAUUUGAAAGUCUUUCCAGUUUUGAAUCGUUUGAUAUUAAUUAUACUAAAUUGGUGAAAACUCCAUUUAAAUUUGUAUCAUUGGUGGGAGGGUUUUCCAAGUUUUUAAAUUCCAAGAAAUUAGAUCGGAUCAGAAAUUAUGUUUUAUCAGAAAUUUUGGCUGUCAAGAAAGAGGAACAAAUUAUUACUGAUGGGAUUAAAUGGGUUGUAUUAUCAUUAGUAUUUUUCAACACUGAGGUUUUUGCCACUGAUGUUUAUCCAAUUCAUAAACUCACAAUGGUACUAAGUUUAAUCAGUGAUUGGUUAGACUCUUCAGUGGCUUAUGAUAAUGAAUUUAUUGAUUUACGGGUACUUAUUUGUUGUUUUUUGGGGGUUAUAAUUCUGAAGCAAACAAAUAUUCCGGAUAAUUAUUAUGAAUUGGCCAAGAAAGUUUUUGAAAACAAUUUUGAAAUUAUUCAACUUGAGCCAAAUAGAUUAGAUUUGAAUUAUUAUACUUUGAAAUUUUAUAUUCAGGUUAUGAAUAAAGAUAUGGGUAAAUUUGAUGAGGAAUUGAUUGAUAUAUUCCUUAAUUUUAAUUACACUUGUCGUAAUCAAGCAACUAUAUUGGUGGAACAAACAAUAGCAAGAGUAUUAAGAGAAUCAUCAAUUGAAAUGAAAAUCAUUCAAUCCAAAAAAAGUUCAUUUUUCAAAUUAUUCACAAGUAGUAAAUCGGUAUCUGUUCAAAGAAUUUGUGCAUGGUAUUUAAGACAGAUUAUUUUGUUAGAACAACAGGAAUUUGUUGUUGAAUAUCAAUUGUCUAAAAAUGAUGAAAAAGAAUUACAAGCAAGAAUACCUGAUGAACUUAUAAAGAUUGUUAAUCAUACUUUAGGUCAUCAAGAAUAUGAAGUUUUCCAGUAUAUGUGGUCAUGGGUAUUAAUAUUGUCGUAUAUGGAAGAUAUUACUUUGAAGAUGAAAAAUGAAUACAUUGGACAACUUGUACAAAAUAAAGAGCUUCCAAUAUUGUUUGAUUUUGUUUUUGAAUAUUUACAUGUUGAAGAUGAGAGUUUAUUUAUCAUUGAUAGUGGGAAACAACAACAACAACAACAACAACAGCAACAGCAAGACACUGAAAACAACAUUAUUCCAAAUUAUGAUUUAAUUGAAACGGGCAAAUCUGAAAGUUCCAUUCAUGAACUUAAAUUGUUAGCAGGAUAUAUUUAUUUCAAAUGUGCUCAACUUUGUGGAUCUCAAGUACAACUUUGGUAUCAAGAAAUUAGAGAUAAACAAUUUAAGAAUAUUGUGGAGAAAUUUACUGUCAAAUUUAUUGCACCUAUACUUGUUAAAGAUAUUAAAGAGAAUGUUGGUAAAGAAAUUGGUAAACUUGAACAAAAUGAGGUUAAUAUAAAAAUUGGGACCAAUCAAAUCAAGGCCAAUAUUUCUGUAGAAGAAGAGAAUAUAUCGAUGCGAUGGUCUAUACCAUCAAAUUAUCCAUUAAGUAAUGUUUCAGUUGAAGGUCCACUUUGUGUUGGAGUUAAAGAAAAUCAAUGGAAAGCAUGGUUAUUGGCAUCACAAAAAAUAAUUUCAUUAACUAAUGGAUCAAUUACUAAAUCAAUUGAAUUAUUUUGUAAAAAUGUCAAUUUACAUUUUUCUGGAUUUGAAGAUUGUGCAAUUUGUUAUUCAAUUCUUCAUCAAGAUUCUUCAUUACCUUCUAAAAAUUGUACAACAUGUUCUAAUAAAUUCCAUGCUGCUUGUUUAUAUAAAUGGUUCAAAAGUUCAGGUAGUUCUACUUGUCCACUUUGUCGAUCAACAUUUAAUUUCAGAAGAUAA